AUGUCAUCUUCCUGGCCUCCCUCUGGGGGUAGCCCUUUCGGUAUUGCCACAUUAUCUCUCGGCAACUGGCGAGCACAUCGCCUGGAACCACGAUUGAAAGCCGCCGCAAAAGCAGGCUAUCAAUGGAUCGACUUGUUUGACGAAUGCUGGGCUGCAUACCUGGAAGAACACGGUUUACCUGGGGAGGAACUUUGGGAGCCGACUGAGCAAAAUCUGAAAAUUGCUCGCAAGUUGGCCGCUAUCGUCAAGUCCUUGGGAAUGCGGAUUGCCUGCACUCAGCCUCUCCGAAAAAUCGAAGGAAUAAAAGACCCAGUCGAACGUCAAGCUACCCUCGAUCUAGUCGCCAAACGAUUCCCAUUCAUGCGAGCCUUCGACACUGAUCUUGUCUUCAUGUGUGCGAACAUUCGAGCGGACAAUGGAGUGACAUCCGAUCUCAAGACUGUCGCGCGAGAUUUGGCGGAGCUGGGCGACAUGGCAGCCGCAUAUUCGAAAGCCGACGGUGGACGAAUGUUGAAAAUUGGGUAUGAAGGACUUUCUUGGGCAACGCGGAACACAUGGUCCUCAUCAUGGGAAGCUGUGCGUUUCGCGAACCGCCCUAACGUCGGGCUGAUCGUGGAUUCAUUCAACAUCCUCGCUGUCGAAUUCGCGGAUCCAUACAAUCCUGCUGGUCACGGACGCAUCUACUCAACAUUGGAGGAAUCGCUGGAGAUACUUGUGGGAUCGCUCGCCUCGUUGGCCUUGACGGUACCCGGUGAUCGGAUCUUUUUCUUUCAGUGCGGCGACGCGGAACUGAUGAACCCAACUACCUUCAUCCCUCCCACCGAUCCGGAGACUCCAGCGCUACUCCCAUGGUCGCGAGGCCAUCGUCUAUAUCCCCUUGAACGCUUGCGAGGCGCCUAUAUGCCUGUCGAACUUGUCGCGGCUGCUGUGCUUGCCACCGGAUAUCAAGGUCCAAUCUCGCUGGAGGUCUUCAACAAUUCAUUGAAUGAACCGGGUCAGAUGAUCCCAGAUGAUCAUGCUUAUAGAGGGAUACGUGGUCUUGGGGCCUUGUUGGAGACUGCGAAAUCCAUGCCUGCAUUUUGGCAAAAUCAAGUUGAAUGUAAAAAGGCUAUCACCCAAGUAAUCCAAAGGCUUCAGCCGAACGGGUAUAAGCUAUGA